AUGCUGGAUCAGAAGAGCCGAAGCCUUCUCCAUGUGAGAUCAUCAAACGGGUUUAUUGUAUUCGUGGUUUGCUUUGCUAUUUUCACAGUAUACCGGAUUCAAUCACGCACAUGGCCAUUCCUCAUGGGUUUGGUGGCUCUUGCGGCGGCAACUGCCCUACUAUGCAUCGGAACACACCUGGCACUGUGGAUCAUAGGGAGGCUGCUUCAAGGAGCAUCCGCAGCCGUUGUAUCGACAGUAGGGACGGCACUACUGGUCGACAACUUUCACGGUGAGGCGGCGCUUGGCCAAGUUCUCGGAUAUAUUGCAAUGGCGACUAUCGUGGGAACAACGGCUGGUCCGCUCUUGGGUGGUGUCUUGUAUGAGCAUGGAGGCUAUUAUGCCCCAUUCGGGCUGGCCUUUGCACUGCUUAUAUUAGACUUUAUCCUUCGACUCCUGAUGAUCGACUCGCGGGCGGUAGUGGGGACCGAUUCAGGAGACCCAACACCUUCAGAUGGAGGAAACAUGAAUGAGAAAGGCACCGUUCCGAAAGGCCCAACAGAAGAGGUAUCGACAGUUUGCCAAUCGCCGCAGGGCAACUAUGUGUCUGGUAGCUCGACUCUUAUUUUGCUACGAUCGCCACGGAUGCUAGCGGCACUCCUAGUGUAUCUGAUCGUUUCUAUUUCUAUGACGUCCUUCGACAGCGUGCUUCCUAUUUUCGUGCAGGACACCUUCGCAUGGGCGCAGACCGCUCAGGGGCUUAUCUUUAUCGCGUUAAUGGUCCCUCAGAUCAUGAGUCCCUUGUGCGGGUAUACCGUAGAUAGAUGGCCUAGGUUCCGCCGGUAUCAGGCCGCAUUGGCACUCCUUGGCGCGGUCCCCAUUCUUGUGUGCUUUCGAUAUGUGGCACAGAAUACGCUGCACGACAAAGUCAUCCUGUGUGCGUUGCUCGCACUAGUUGGGACAUGCCUCACAAUCUUAGAGCCGCCGAUCAUGGUGGAAAUAUCCUGCAUUGUUGAAGCAAUCCAGUCUCGACAGCCCGGGAUUUUCGGGAAAGGAGGAGCCACUGCAUUUGCCUAUGGGCUAGCCAAUGGUGCCUUUGCGGCCGGUGCGAUGGUUGGGCCGUUUCUUGGUGGGUGGGUUCAGGAUACGUACGGGUGGGCAACUAUGGGGUGGGUUCUUGCGUUGCCCCUGGGGGCGUCCAGCCUCCUGGUAUUGGCCUUCUUUCGUUAG